UAAGAUGUCAUCUCUCCUGAAGGAAAGGUGGGGGAGGAUCUCCUGCAUGAGGUGGCUGCUCGUUACGUGGAGGGAAUGAAAGACAUGGACGGGAGGAAACCAGGGCCCUCUAGCAUUCUGGGUGUUUCCCUGCUGAAGCCUGGAGAGGAAGAGGGCUACAGAGUCCCAUAUAACCCUGAGGGGACGGGCUGUGGGGCAGCCAUGAGUCAGCAAGUGUUUUCAUUGGUGGCUGUUGCCGUGGAGACGGGCAGGAUGACCCAUCCUCACCCCACCGGCUUCCUGGGGGCCGUGGCGUCAGCCCUUUUCACCGCGUAUGCCGUCCAGCGCAAGCCAAUCAACACUUGGGGUCUAGGCCUGCUUAAUGAAGCGUGUCCUAUCGCGAAGAUGAUUGUUAAGGGCCGAGGCUACGCCGUGGAGGAGACGGAGAGGGACUGGAAUUACUUCUGUGACAAGUGGCUUUGGUACCUGGAUGUGAGAGGCAUCUCCAACGGAGCGGGGCCUGUGAUCUGGCCUUCUGCCUUCGGUCCAGCUGAGCGAGAUGAGGAGUACAAGAGCUUCAGCCUGUCGGGCUGGGCAGGGCGGAGCGGCCACGACGCUCCCAUGAUCGCACUGGACGCCUUGCUGGGAGCGGGAUCGGACUGGGAGGAGCUGAUGAGCAGAGCGGGCUUCCAUGGAGGUCAGUCGUUCAAUCAAGACACUGUCCUGGAGUGGAGCGCCGCUUUCACUUUAUUCCCACCACAGCGUUCAUUUAAACACCUUUUAAACCAGCAGUCACAUGAAAAAGAAGGUACACGCUCUCAGUUGUACGAUGUUAUGUAUCAGGACAAAAAAUAA